UUUUUAUCAGUGUUUCGGAUUAUCUGAUCGUAAAACACAAAACUACAUCAAACACCAUGAAGUUCAUAAUUUAUUCUUUGGCUUUGUUCGGCGCAGUUUUGGCAGCCCCGCAAGGCCCGACGACUGAACCGGUUCCGAUUUUGAAACAGGAUCAGGAAGUCAAUUAUGACGGAUCUUACAAAUGGAAUUACGAGACCGGAAAUGGAAUAGCGGCGGAGGAACAAGGUUUUUUGAAGAACGCCGGACAACCUGAGCUGGAGGCUCAAGUAGCUCAAGGUCAAUUCCACUACACAUCUCCCGAAGGACAACUGAUCCAGCUCAGCUACAUCGCCGAUGAGAACGGUUUCCAGCCGCAAGGAGACCAUCUUCCGACUCCUCCACCAAUUCCAAUCGCCAUCCAAAAGGCUUUGGAAUAUCUCGCCUCUUUACCACCAACCCCAUCCCCGAACAGGCGAUAAUCUGUUGUUUUAGUGAAAUGUCCGCUAGCAUUGAAGAUUUGAGCAGACGCAGUUCGAAGCGCCAUUUCUGCUUGCAAUAGUAUUUAUUUUUUUCUAGUAUCUAGAUGAUUUUUUGAUAUAGCAGUAGAAUUACCAACAGCUUCUGCUUGCAAUCAAGAAUAUCGCUUCGAAUUACCUGCUUCCAUUUUCCAUAAUUUUUA